CCGACGCUUAUCCCUAAAUUCCACUUUGCGUUCUUCUCAUCCGCUAAGUGAAAUGAAGCAUUAAUUUAAAGGGACGAGUAUUAUUAGGGUAUGCGCUAAAACAUUUCAGAUAUAUGUUUUUUAAAAAUCUCAAAACCUGAUCUUAAUUUAAGCGAAAGAGUACCAACCAACUUUUACACAUAUAAAAUUUUUUGUUUCACUAUGUAUAAUAUCAUUCAUAAUAAAGUUAUAAACAUGAAGGAAAUGUUAGUAUGCUUGAAUUGUAUUAAAAAUUGGAAAUGUUGCAAGUAUAAGAAACCUAUCAAAAUUCGAAGCUUUACAACAAAGCAUCAUGAAAAUGAAUCAGAACGAAUAAAUUAUGCUAAUAUACAAAUGCUGUCCCCUGGUCUUUAUAAGCAAUUGUUUAAAUAUAAACAACCAUCUCACGUGGAUAGUAAUAUAUGUGAAAAAGUAAAGCUGCAUUUAGAAAAGCAUAAUCUUUGGGGUAAAACUUCAACUAUUGCAGAGAAUAUUGACUUUGAUUUACCUCAACUUCAAGGGGAAAAUUUAGACGAUCACUUUAAUAUAGUUGCUACUGAAAUAGUGAAAGAAUAUAAAAAUUUAGCUGAGCAUAUGGCAAAUAAACUAAGCACAUUACCCAGUAUGCCUGAGAAAUGGCAAAUGUCUGAGGGAUGGACAAAGUAUAAUAAUAGUGGAACUUUUGAGAAAGUAAAUGCUCCUGAUGAAGAUGUUCUUAUUUUUGAUGUUGAAGUAUGUAUGUCGAUUGGAGAUGUUCCUGUUCUAGCUACUGCUGUUUCCAAAAGUGCUUGGUAUUGUUGGGUAAGCGAUGUUUUGAUUCAACAAAAGUGUAGUGAUCCAAUCAAAAAGCUUACUCCUUCACUAAUGAUACCUCUAGGAACCUCAAACAAAAAGAGACUAAUCAUUGGACAUAAUGUGUGCUUUGAUCGUUCGUUUGUUAGAGAACAAUAUUCUCUUGAAGCAUCUAAUCUGAGAUUUCUUGAUACCCUUAGUUUACAUGUUUGUGUAUCUGGAAUAACUAAUGAACAACGCAAUUAUAUGAAAUCAAAGUCUGACGCCAAAGUUCAUUUUGAUUGGAUGGAUGUGGGUGCUAUGAAUAGUCUUGUCAAGGUGUAUGAGUUUUAUUGUAACAAAUCAAUUGAUAAAUCAUCGCGAGAUUACUUUGUCACAGGAAGCUUACAAGAUAUUUAUGAAAAUUUUCAAGAGUGUGUACGAUACUGUGCUGUUGAUGUCCAAUCGACUCAUGCUGUUUUUACUAGUGUAUGGCCUAUGUUUUGUUUUCAUGCUCCCCAUCCAGUAACUCUGCUUGGUAUGUUAGAAAUGGGGACAUCUUAUCUUCCGAUUGAUGAGAGUUGGAAUCAUUACCUUGAACAGGCAGAAUUUAUCUACAACAAGAUGGCUAAACAAAUGAGACAUUCACUUAUGGUAGUUGCUGAUGAAGCCUUGAAAAUGAUUAUAGAUGACAAAUACAAAAGCGACCCUUGGCUUUGGAGUAUGGACUGGUCUAUUCAUAAAACAGCAAUUUCAAAAGAUAAUGCGGUUUUAAUUGAUAAGGAAGAUGAUGUGCAUGCCUAUAUAAAAAAUCGCUUAAAUCACUUGUCAGAAAAACGGAGAAACCAGUUGCAUCUACCUGGUUAUCCAAAUUGGUAUCGUAAAUUAUGCAUGUCACCUGGAGAAGAAAGUUAUCAAUCAGGACCACAAAGUGUUUCAUCUCAAACUAGAGUGACACCACUUCUUCUGCGUAUGACUUGGGAUGGUUACCCACUGCAUCAUGAGAGGGAAUAUGGUUGGGGGUUUCUUGUACCAUGUGAAAGUAUUUCAAACAAAAAAAACACUUCAAGUAGCAAUGAAGCUAAGAGUAACUUUCCAAUGAAAUCAUUUUUGGAAAUUAUUCGAAAGCGUAAGUUGCUUUUAGGGAAUACAGAAGGUAAUGUUUUAAAUGAAGAAGCUGGGAUCAACAUUGGUAUCCCUGGAGUUCUUUUUUAUAGACUACCACACAAAAAUGGUAAUGAUUAUAAUGUUGGCAACCCUUUAGCUAAAGAUUUUCUAAAUAAAAUAGAAGAUGGUACAUUAGCAACAAGUAGUGAUUAUAAUGCAAAAGAACCCAUUGAACUUAACAUGUUAUUGUCAUUUUGGAGGAAUGGACGAAAAAGAAUUAUGUCACAGAAAACUGUAUGGUUUGAUGAUGGACGUGGAGUAAUCCUUCCACAAGUAGUUACUGCUGGAACAGUAACAAGAAGAUCUGUUGAAGCAACAUGGUUGACUGCAAGUAACCCAAUGUUCAAUAGAAUUGGUUCUGAAUUGAAAUCUUUAAUCAGAACUCCACCAGGAUAUGUUUUAGUUGGAGCAGAUGUUGACAGUCAGGAACUUUGGAUUGCUAGCAUAUUAGGCGAUGCCAUGUUUUCAAAUAUGCAUGGUAGCACUGCAUUGAGUUGGAUGACUUUGCAAGGUAAAAAAUCUGAUCGUACUGACUUGCACAGUAAAACUGCAGAUACAAUUGGUAUGAGUAGAGACCAAGCAAAGGUAUUUAAUUAUGGACGUAUUUAUGGAGCUGGAGAAAAGUUUGCAGUUCGCUUACUCAUGCAGUUUAAUCACAACAUUUCACUUGCACAAGCAGAAGAGAAAGCUGCAAAGUUAUAUGCUACCACAAAGGGAAUAAAAAGUUAUUUGCUUACUGAAGAAGGACUUCGCUUAUCUGAAUCAUAUGGCAUUCCUACUUCUCAAGGUACAAUAAGUUAUAUAAACUUAAAAGAGCUUCUUUACCUUACAAAAACAUCUUGGGAAAACAAAGAGCUUCUUGUGCAUAAAACAUGGUUUGGUGGAAGCGAAUCAGACAUGUUUAACAAAUUAGAAAGUAUUGCAGUGUCUGAGGAACCAAGAACACCAGUUUUAAAUUGUAUGAUCACAAAAGCUCUUCUUCCCAAAUAUGUUCAAAAUCAUUACAUGACCAGCAGAGUUAACUGGGUUGUACAAUCAUCUGCUGUUGACUAUCUUCAUUUGGUAUUGACUUGUAUGAAAUGGUUAAUUGAGAAAUAUGAUAUAGAUGCAAGAUUUUGUAUAUCGAUUCAUGAUGAGGUUCGUUAUAUUGUACAUGAGAAAGAUAAGUAUCGGGCUGCACUUGCGCUUCAAAUAUCUAACUUGCUCACCAGAGCAUUGUUUGCUUAUAAAUUGCAACUUAAUGAUUUACCACAGUCUGUUGCAUUCUUCAGCAGUGUGGAAAUCGAUAAAGUUCUUCGUAAGGAAGUUGAUAAUGAUUGUGUGACUCCUUCUAACCCUCAUGGUUUGCUCAGAGGUUAUGGAAUAACACCUGGAGAGUCGUUAGACAUUUAUGAGUUGUUGCGCAAGACCAACAAUGGAAAUCUUCAUAAAAUGGAAAUAUAAUCUUGGUUAUUUUUAGAAAGAAUAUAUAUAUAUUCUUCA